CGAUCGGAGAAGUUGGAAGGAAAUGACGACGACAGUAGAUGGAAGACAGGAGAGUUCUCUCUUGCACUGGGAAUUGCUCCGGAAGAUGAUAACAAGGAUAUCAAUUCUAUCUCUCUGCGACAGCAUCAAAAUUCUCAACAUAUCAGCAAUUUUUAACCGCCGUUCAGCGCAGAGAACUGAAAUUGUACCUGUGACCCACGCCUUCAAGUUAUAACAAUGGCCGUGCCCAAGUGGCUGGACUCGGAUUACGUGCAAACGAUCCUCCGGAAGGCAGAGAAGGAUGAUUCUAUCAGGGUGUCCAGUUUGAGUGUAAAGCCAGCUAUAGCCAAGGGUGAAAAUUACGCGAGUGACUUGUAUCGCUUGAACGUAGAUUACUCGCGGAUUCUCGAAGGGCGCCAUGUAACGGAGUCGAAGUCUGUCAUAACAAAAGUCGCCACUGAUGGCGGUUGUCGGGAUGAAAUGGCAAGAGAAUCUCGAUUUUUCGAGAUAGAAAUGUCUAUGAUGUCGGAAACUUUGCCGAGGAUGCAAGAGAUUCUGACGAGUCACGGUAUGUCUGCUUCUUUAUCAGCACAAUGUCUACACAUCCAGGAAGCAGACCCAAAGCAUUUGUUCCUCGAGGAUCUACUAGUCGCAGGAUUUCGUCUCGCCGAUCGCCGAAAGGGAUUAGAUCUGGAUCAUUGUCUAGUUGCAAUGAGAAAUCUUGCCAAGUUUCACGCGGCUUCUGUAGCGCUUGGGGAGAAGGACCUGCAAGCCGUGAAAAAGUACAACAAAGGAAUGUUUGACAAGAAUCAGUGUAACGCAGUCAUUGAAUUUUAUCCAGGCAGAGCGAAAAUGUUAGCGGAGGAAGUUGCUAAUUGGCCCGAGUUGAGCCCACGGAUUCGUCAAAAACUCGCAAAGCUUCCUGAAGGUCUCUAUGAGAGAGGAUGUGAAGCUGCUCUUUUACGAGAAGACGAUUUCAACGUUCUCACACACGGAGAUGUCUGGACAAAUAACAUGAUGUUCCGUUAUGACGAAAAUCACAAGCCCAUCGAUCAUAGAUUCUUAGACUUUCAAAUCAGUAACUACGCUUCACCAGUGCUCGACCUUCUCUACUUUUUUGCAACAAGCCCAAACGACGAUGUCCGUAAGCAACACCGUGAGUUAAUUGUGCGCGAGUAUCACGCCGCUUUGACAACUGCCAUGGCCCAGCUGAAGUGCAGCACCGCAGGACCAAGUCUCGAAUAUAUAAUGGAUUCGUUGAGAAAGCGUGCUCUGUUCGAAGUGAUUCUAACGUUCUCGAUAUUACCGUUGGCUUUAUUCGAUCUAAAGAGUGUGAUCAGUCCGGAGGAAGCGGAGGAGUACAACGUGGAACAUGAAAGACUCUCGUACAAGGGUGAAUUGUUCCGAAAGGUUAUGACGAGGAUUCUCCCAUUGUACGACAGCAUGGGAUUGUUGGAUACGCAAAACGGUCUCCGGUAGAUUUCAACCCAGCAUUCAGAAAUCCAUUAUAACUGGCCUGAAUACGUACAAGCGAGAUUUAUUUUGUCUACGGUUCUCAAGAAUAACUGAAGCUAUUUCAAAACUUCAAAGUCAUCACCGUCGCACGUUAGGUAAUCAUUCCCAUCAUAUCACUCAUCUAUAUAUAUACUAUAAUACCAACGUCGUAUAUACUUUUUCAAGAGACCAUCAAAUCAUCAUCCAAGCUUAAACUGUUAAUCGAAGUCCAGCUCUAACUUGCAAUGCAAACGAACACGGGAGGCGCGUUCUUCCGAUCUCCCGAUCAUUUCACUAUCAUGAGUGAUACUAGCAACAUGUUCAAAACUCUAUGUAAAUAUUCAUAAAUAAAUUUUAUUUUGACGCAUGA